UGCCAGCCCACAAUGGCCAGGCGUUCCCCACCCCCUCUCUCUCUCUCGUUCGCUCGUUCGCUCGUUCGCUCGUUCGUAUUUGUAAAUCUCUCCUCUCUCGAUGAAUAUUAUACACAGUGGAGUGACGUUCUGAGCUCUCUUUAGGGUUUCGGGUUGAUUUCUUCUAAUUCAAGUGGCAGACAAUGGCGAAUUCGUAACAGGAGAUUUCAGAUGAUUCUAUCAGAUGUUCAGAUCUCAGUCACUCUUAUCGGAUUCUUGAAUCGCAAGUGAAAUAUUAUUUUCUUCAAUUACUAUUAUCUUUUCUCCAAUAGAAACUAAGAUUUCAAAGGGAUCUAUACUUGCAUAGAUACUGUCUUCUCGUUGUAUAAGAGAUCUGAUUCGAUUGCUAAAUUGAAUAUUGAUUCAAAGGAAGAUCGGUCCAUAAAAUUUUUAAGCAAGAUGGUAUGGAAUGCUAGCUUAAGGAAUAUAGUCGUUCAAGCUGCACAUAUCAGGGGUUUUUGUAAGGGAAGGGUGCAGUUGAAGGAUUUCCGCUGGGGCUUGGAUGCCAGACUUGCGGCACGGUAUCGAUUAAGUCGUAAAUUCAGGGCGGUCAGAACGAUGAUGGUUGACAAAGGCGCAAGUGCUGAACCAGGAACCGUAGUCGACUUCUUGCCCGAGAAAGAAAACUUAGAAAAUAAUGGCUGUGCGAGUGGAGGAUGGCGAAGUGAAGAUGGAAGACUGAGCUAUGGCUAUUCAAGUUUUAGGGGAAAGAGGGCCAGCAUGGAGGACUUCUAUGAUGUUAAAAUGUCGAAGAUUGAUGGUCAAACAGUUUGUCUGUUCGGAAUAUUUGAUGGUCAUGGUGGUUCUCGUGCGGCUGAAUUUUUGAAGGAACACUUAUUUGAGAAUCUCAUGAAGCAUCCAAAAUUUAUGACAGAUACCAAGUUGGCCAUAAGUGAAACUUAUCAAAAGACUGACAUGGACUUCCUGGAUGCUGAAAGUAAUACGUACCGUGAUGAUGGUUCUACUGCUUCAACAGCUGUUUUGGUUGGUAAUCAUCUAUAUGUAGCAAAUGUAGGAGAUUCACGGGCAGUAAUAUCAAAAGCAGGCGAAGCAAUCCCCCUGUCUGAAGAUCACAAACCAAACAGAAGUGAUGAGCGUAAGAGAAUUGAAAGUGCUGGAGGGGUUGUUAUGUGGGCAGGUACUUGGAGGGUUGGGGGUGUCUUGGCAAUGUCCCGUGCAUUUGGCAACCGCUUACUGAAACCGUUUGUUGUAGCAGAACCUGAGAUUCAGGAACAGGAAAUUGGUGAUGAAUUUGAAUGCCUGGUGCUGGCCAGCGAUGGACUUUGGGAUGUGGUACCAAAUGAGGAUGCUGUUUCCCUUGCAAGAGCCGAGGAAGAACCUGAGGCAGCAGCCCGGAGGUUGAUGGAGACUGCUUAUACUCGUGGCAGUGCGGACAACAUCACCUGCAUUGUGGUGAGGUUCAAUCAUGACAAAGCAGAAUAAGGUUCCUUCAACACGAGGGUAUCAGGAAUAACUGGCUUGAUUCCAUCUCUAAAUUUUUGCAUUCGAUAAUUAAUUUCCAUGUGCAUAUAGUCCAUGUGAGUAUUGGCAAGCACAGGUACAGUCAGUUUGUUAUUCGGUAUUUUGUCUAUAUCUUCUGCAGCAUACUGGGGAAACCAUCUUGUUAAUCUAUAUAAUCUUUAGUGUGGUGGUGUUCCUUUUUUCUCAAGGUUAAAAAACCCGACCUGGAGUUUACCAAAAAAAAAAAAAAAGGGACCUGGAUACCGGAUCCUGAUCGGAAUGUGUCAGGAUUGGUGAAUAAUAUUCCUGGACUGGCCAAAACGUGCUUUAACCCUAAAUUUUGGAAGGGAAGUGGCUGAUCUGGAUUGGUCAGAAUUGGGAUCAGUUGAUCCUGCUAAUCUGUUUUCGACUCUUAAAAACAAUGCUUAUUCUGGUUUUUUUUUCC